CGUGGAAAGCCCAAAUACCGACGUCAGUGUUGUCCCGCCCCCUGCUGCCUCGGUCCAACCAGAGAGCUGACAGAGCGACUUGCUCCAGCCUUCCUUCUGCACCAGGGCAUUUGACGUUCUUACGGGGAAAUUUUAAUACCGAAAGUAUCACGGGGUACAGGCCUACUGUUGAAAUGGCUACUGCCACUACGGAGGAAACAUCCGCGCUGGGUGCAAAGGACGAUGAACCUCUCGCGGAGAAAACCGGGGACGAGGGCCAAGAGAAAGAGAAAGGCCUCCCAGAGCCGAAAUCAGAGGAGCCGGGAGGUGGCGUAGAGCCGAAAAUGGAAGAGGCGGACAGCGAGGCUAGCGACGAUAAGCCCGCUGCAGAGCCAGGAGAGGCCGCGGCCGAGGCGGUGACAGACGCCGCCGAAGCGGUCAACCAAGACACGACAGCCGCUAAUGAAGAGUCAGAGCAGAAGUCAGAGCCGCUGCAAAGUCCAGGAGACUGCAAUGAAGCUGCCUGCGACACCACAGUUAAAGAAAUUAAGGAGGAACAAAGAGAAGAGAGCGGGUCUCCGGGGAUUGACUGCGAAAAGAGCAAAACGAUUUGUGAAGACGGGGAGAAGCCCAGCGGAGGAGGCGGGGAGCUCGGCGACAAGAGGCGGCCCAGUGUCGAAAUGUCAUCCUCAGACGGAGAGCCGCUGAGCCGGAUGGACUCCGAGGACAGUAUCAGCAGUACUCUGAUGGAAAUGGAGAGCACAGUGUCAAGCGGGCGGUCCACGCCUGCUAUGAUGAACGGGCAGGGCAGUGCCAGCUCCUCCGGGACCAAGGCGGUGGCCUACCCCUGCUGUUGGGACCUCUGCCCAGAGUGCUUCAACUCCAGCCCCGACCUGGCUGAACACAUCAGGGGUAUUCACGUGGAUGGGCAAAGAGGAGGGGUAUUUGUGUGUCUGUGGAAGGGUUGUAAGGUGUACAACACACCGUCCACCAGUCAGAGUUGGCUCCAGAGACACAUGCUGACCCACAGCGGGGACAAGCCAUUCAAGUGUGUAGUUGGGGGCUGCAAUGCCAGCUUUGCCUCCCAGGGAGGUCUGGCGCGGCAUGUACCCAGCCACUUCAGCCAGCAGAGCUCCUCCAGAAUGUCCAGCCAGGCCAAACUCAAGGAGGAAUCGCCCUCCAAGGCCGGAGUCAACAAGAGGAAGAAGCUCAAGAACAAACGCAGGCGCUCUCUACCGAGGCCUCAUGACUUCUUCGACGCUCAGACCAUGGACGCCAUCCGCCACAGGGCCAUCUGCCUCAACCUGGCCACCCACAUCGAGAGCGUGGGCAACGGCCACAGCGUGGUCUUCCACAGCACGGUGCUGGCCAGGAGGAAAGAAGGCACUGGCAAGGUGAAGGUCCUCCUACACUGGACACCUGAAGACAUACUGCCCGACGUGUGGGUGAACGAAACAGAGCGGUCUCAGCUGAAGACUAAAGUGGUGCACUUAUCCCAACUACCGCAGGAUACAGCCAUGCUUCUAGACCCCAACAUCUACAGAGCACUUCCCCAGAAGCGGCUGAAGCGAAGCCUGUAAGGAGUCAGCUGUGGACUUGGUACUUAAAGGGAAAUCCUUGUUCAUAGGAGGUUUAUCUGUACGGGAUGGAACACUCUUCUUCUGUCUCUGCUGAAAGAGAGGAGUGAAGUGGAGAAAAAAAAAAAGGACAAGACUCGGUUAUGCCGCCGUUCUCCACUUUCCCCCUCUCCAUCUUGUAUAUUUGAAACUGCUUUUGUCAUCAAGUGUGGUGUUGAAUUGGAUCAACCAUUUACAAAGGGUUUGUUCCCUGACAAACCCGAGUGAGCGUUUUAUAACAAGCAGCAAACUGAAAAUAGUCUUAAUCCUCAAAAGGUGUACAUAAACAAUUUUGUGUGAUCUUGUCAAAAACACAUCAUAUUUUAUAAAUGUUUUGUGUAAAUAUUUAUGCAGAUUUGUAACUUAUUUUUAUACCAUAAAAUCCAAGUGUACUGUGGAUUUUUGUGAAGUUUUUGACCAGAACCGCAUUUACUGUGAUAAUCUAUGUGAACUGUCACUUUUAGGGGAAUUAGGAAUUUCUAGCUGUCAUAACGGUGUUUUAAAUGAAUGAAGUGUUAUCAGGUUGUCCUAUUUAUACUUACUGAAUGCAUUGCUGUCCACAAUGUCUUUGACAAUGAUGACAUCUGAGGUGUGCCAAUCGCGUCAGACCUGUAUAAGAUGGCAGUGUGUAUUGUUACUGGAGCAAUAACACUACCAUCCAUGUGAAUUGUCAAAAUGUGUUAAUUGUUUUGCUGCCUUCUUGGCCAGGACACUCCUGAAAAAGGGAUUUUUAAUCUCAGCGAGGCCUUCCUGGUUAGGUACAGGUUAAAUAAAAAUAUUGAAAUAACAAACAAUUAAGCGUGCUCCUAUGUAACUCUUCAUCUUCCUCAGCGCAUAUCUGGAAAAGGUCCAGCAGAGCAUGAGUGACAUUUCAAGCCCACACACUUUUACCUUUGACCUCUGACUAAAGCAGUGUUAACCACAGCCAUUUAAACCUCCACACCCAACCUCUGGACACGCAAAUGAACAAGAACUGUGUAUUAUCAUUGUUGUAAUGAUAGAUUUACAGUACCUCUGUCUGAGCACUCAAGAAUUCAUGUUGUUCAAAUAAUUUGUGUUUUCUACUGUAUAUUGUCUAUGUUGGAAGUGGAAUGCUGACUUUGUAAUAAACCGAGGAGGAAAAACAACAGA